CAGAGACCCGGGAGGGAGGAGGGUGUGUGCGGUCUUGAUCUUCUUUCAGCAACAAGGAAGAAGAAAGCAAGAAUUGCUAGGAUUUGUGGGUUCUUUCCAAAGUGUAACAGUGUUCGGUGAUGGCGCUGGUAAAAAGUGGAUGGCUGCUCCGGCAAAGUACUAUAUUACGGCGCUGGAAGAAGAAUUUGUUCGAUCUGUGGUCUCACGGCCAUUUAUUAUUUUAUGAUGACCAACAUCGGCAUGAUCUAGAGGACAGAAUUCACAUGAAAGUCGAUUGCAUCAACAUCAGAGUGGGAAAUGAAUGCCGAGGUCUCCAGCCUCCAGAGGGGAAACCUAGAGAUUGCAUGCUGCAGAUCAUUUGCCGUGAUGGGAAAGUGCUCAACCUCUGUGCAGAAAGCGCUGAUGACUGCUUGGCUUGGAAAAUUGCUCUCCAAGAUGCCAGAACAAAUGAGGCCUAUAUUGGUUCUGAAGUGAUGUACGAUGACAAUGCAAUUUCCUCAGCUCCUCCUCCAUACACAGCUUACGCUACACCAUCACCUGAGGUUUAUGGCUACCCACAGUAUAAUGGUGCAUAUCCACCUCCAGCGACUCAGAUCAUCUAUUCUUCUAAUGGGCACACAUAUGCAAUCCCUUACCAGUAUCCAAACCAAGGUCCCUAUUUGCCUCCUACAAAUCAUGUCAUCAUCCGAGAACGUUACCGGGACAACGAUGGAGACCUGGCACUGGGCAUGCUUGCUGGAGCAGCAACCGGAAUGGCCCUGGGCUCUUUGUUCUGGGUAUUCUAGGUUUCUUCUGGAGCAGCAAACCGAGGGAGAUCCAAAAAUCUUUUGUGUGCAAUAAUAUAUACAUUUGCAAAAUACUCCAGCUUAAUCUACAGAUUUUUUAAUAAGUUCUAGAAAUACUUUUACUAGUGACAUACUGGAUUUGUAGUUAACAAAUUUCUAAACUAUCCCAAAGGUGCACUUUAGUUGAAAAGCGGUUAGCAGAAUAGCUCAUGGUCAGGUGAAGUGGUCAUGCUAUGCACUGAUAAGUAAGGAGCAGCAAUAUCAAUGAAGUAUUACUAACAAUGGCUAAAAUGGCCACAGUUGAGUUAUUUUUAUAGUCAGGUAGUAACUAUCUUGUUAAAAUUACUUCAGCUGCUGCCUCAGAAUGCUAACUGCAAAGCAGGCUACCACAAUAGUAGCUACUUCUGAAUCCAGAGUGCUUGAACCUGUACCUUUUCUUUACGCUCCAUGAAGACCAAAACGGCGAUUCAGUAGACACUCCGUGGGAUCUUUUUCUAUUCGGGGAGGUCUUGCAUCAAUGACUGCUUCGCCUGACAAGGCUUGCAUAUAUAUAUUGCCACUGCAUUACUGUACAAGUCCUUUGUAAAGGCUAAGCAAUGAAGGCUCUUGACAUUGUUUGUCCCCAAAACAUUACUAUCCAUACUUGGAAGGUAAAAAGACGUUCUAGUGUCCUUGAAAUUGCAACUCUGUUUAAUUGCUAGAGAAACAGUGAGUGGAGAGAGAGUUUAAUGGGUGACCCUUCCAGCCUCAGGCAUUUUGCCAUGCAGGUAGAAUCUAUUGAUAAGGAGAGUUCAGUCUGGGUGUGAAAACCCUACCCAGUACUUAAUAGGUCGCUGAAGGUGCUGUCAUCAUUUUGGGCAUAAAUGUGUUCAAAGCUUUCUUUUUUAAAAACUGGUUUAGGUAUCUAGGAAUCCUUUAAAUAGAAAAUGGGGGCUAAUACAGCGUGACUACGCACACAUCUUAUCUUUGACUACAAAUUACAUUUAACAAGGGUAUCUACUUUCCUGCACACUACAGAGAGAUCUAUUCUUGGCUGUUAAGGGCUGUUCUACUUGCAAGUUCCACUCUUUCGUUACUUGCUUUUCUUUGACCAGCUUCUCUCUCUGCUUUUGACUCCUGCGCACAACUCCAUUAGAAAGUGGAGAAAUGAGCAGGCACUCCUGCCAGGGAAUAAUGGGUUUUCCAGUGGUGUAGGUUGCCAAAGCUUAAAUCUUCACAUUAAAAAUAGAUAGUUUUAUCUUUUAUCUACAAUCAACGUCCAUGCAUCCUGUUGAAAUCUGAGACGUGCACAAGACUUUUCAAAGUGUCUUUAGUCUAUGCUGUGCUCGUUGGCAAAUGUGAAAGCUUUUAACAGCGGCAAACCAGGAAGAUGUUGGUCGUACCACUCGCCAUGAUGGCAAGUGCUAACACAACCCAUUUUGUUCCUCUUGAAAUGGAAUAAGUUAAUUGUGGGGGAGGUAAAGCCAGGUAAUGGCACUGGAAGUCUUAAUAUUGGCUUCUGUAGGCCUUGUAUUAAGCAUAUGCCACUGUUUGCCUUGCUGGGUGUAUGCAGCAACUGUUGAAACUUAGUGAGAAGAACAUGGUUGUAUCCAGCACUCAUUGAAUUUGAAAGUGUGGGCUUUUCAAGUAGUCCUCCUUGUUGAGAUGUUCGCUGACAGGGUCCCUUUGUAAGAAAAAUCUAGGGCAUUUGAAAUGACAGUACUGUGAACUGAGGAACGUAUGACCUGAAGAUACUUAAAUUUCUAUAGGUCUGGGUCCCUUAUUUAAUAUCCAUGUAAGUGUGUUGGAAGUCUUUAAGUUACUGACCUAGUGAUCGUAUAAUAAAAAUCAGUACUAGCUUCUGCUCUGAUGAAUUCUUUUUUUUGGUAAUUUAUCUUUCACAAUUUUAAAAGUCCAUCUCUUCUGUGCUGCUGUGUGUACUAUACAGAUUUCCCUGAAAUGUUCUCACUUUCUAUGUAUUUGUACUUUGUGAGGAAAGAAUGAAAUAAAAUUUAGUCCUGGAACUGCUGGCAAGUUAGAA